AUGGAAAUCCCCGGCCUAGCAAUCGGGGCCUUGGGCCUCGCCGGCCUAUUCAACAACGCGGUCGACUGCUUCGAGUUCGUCCAGCUUGGUCGCAAUUUCGGCAGAGAUUUCGGCACCAGCCAGUUGCAGCUGGAUAACGCUCGUCUCCGCCUUUCCCGCUGGGGUGAAUUUGUCUGUAUCCAGGAAAACGAGGGAAACUUCCCACCAGACGCGCUUCAGCAAGUCAGGCAAACGAUCGGGCAAAUCCUCUACCUCUUCGCUCAGGCGGAAGAAGUCUCGAAUCGAUUCAAGAAAAAGGCUGGCCCAGCAACAGAGCUAGCAACGUACGAUCCCGAUACCGACAUGGAGAGACAAAUGCUGGUCCUCCACGAGCAUAUGCGCAGCCUUGCGCAAGCACGACAGAAGAAAGUGGGCUUGACAAGGAAGACAAAGUGGGCGCUUUAUGAGAGGAAACACUUCAAGACACUGCUCGAAAGCAUCAAAGCCCUUCUCGAUGAUCUUGAGAAGUUAUUGCCGGCAAAUCAAUUCACCCAGAGCAGCCUCUGCGAUGAAGAGGUCUCAAGCAUGGGCGCACAGGUCGAUCUCCCGCUCUUGGAAAGUGUGGCUGCAAACCAAGAUCCGGGCUUGCACAAGGCAGUGAAGAAGGUUUUGGUCGAGAGAGAACAACGGGCCACCGUCAUUUUCUCUGGGAAUGAUAAUAGGGGUUUCCAGCUUGGGCACAACUCAGGAUCGAUCAGCGGUAUUACUUUUGCUUAG